UCCCCUUUCUAUGCUGGAUGCAUUGGUGUAGAAAUCCAGUGCAUCCUCCUUGCAGGCAGCAGAGCUCCUCCAUGUGUCCUACCUACCUCCCACCACUGUCCCAUUUUCCUGUGAUCUCCUGCUCAGGUCUCUGCUGGGAUCUCUGCCCCUCCUCUUGCAUCCCAUAGAAAUCCCCCCUUUUGUAUGAUGUCUUCUCAUUCCAUCCUCGUCUGGCCAUCUCCCAGCAUUGAUCUCCUCCUUCCUCUUCUCCCAGUCUCAUCACUUCCCUAGAGUUGGAUUUCCAGGGGAGCUGUCCUUCAGCACCAUGCAGCGUCUUCUCCAGCCCUGGAGGUGCCACCUCAACGAAUGACAUCUCAGGUUAAAUGUAAUCAAGCUCAAUGGGUCCGGCAGGCAAGAUGAACUCGUGCAAAUUCAUGGACCAGGACAUUGAAAGUCGGGGCAUUAAGUUGCCCAAACAAGUACAGAACCCUCCCCCGGUGCAAACCAACCGUACCAUGGUGAUGGCAGAACCAGAGAAGAGGCGGAGGCAGAGGUACGUAGAGAAAGACGGCAAAUGUAACGUUCACCAUGGAAAUGUCCGGGAGACCUACCGCUAUCUGACAGACAUAUUCACCACCUUGGUGGACCUCAAGUGGAGAUUUAAUCUUCUAGUCUUCACCAUGGUUUACACCAUCACGUGGAUUUUCUUCGGAUUCAUCUGGUGGCUCAUUGCCUACAUCCGUGGAGACCUCGACCACAUUGAGGAUGCAUCAUGGACGCCGUGUGUUGACAAGUUGAACGGUUUUGUAUCCGCCUUCCUUUUCUCCAUAGAGACAGAAACCACCAUAGGUUAUGGAUACAGGGUCAUCACCGAUAAGUGCCCCGAGGGAAUCAUUCUUCUGCUGGUCCAAGCCAUCCUUGGCUCCAUAGUCAAUGCCUUCAUGGUGGGCUGCAUGUUUGUAAAGAUCUCCCAGCCAAAGAAGCGAGCAGAGACCCUCAUGUUCUCCAAUAUGGCGGUCAUCUCUGUGAGGGACGGGAAGCUAUGUUUGAUGUUUCGGGUGGGAGACCUGAGGAACUCACACAUUGUGGAGGCGUCCAUCAGAGCCAAGCUGAUCAAGUCCAAACAGACCAAGGAGGGAGAGUUUAUACCCCUCAACCAGACGGACCUUAAUGUGGGUCUCGACACCGGAGACGACCGCCUCUUCCUGGUUUCUCCUCUUAUUAUCUGUCACGAAUUUAAUGAACACAGUCCGUUCUAUGAGAUUUCCAAAGAGCAGCUGGGGAAGGAAGAGUUCGAGAUUGUAGUCAUCCUGGAAGGGAUGGUGGAAGCUACAGGUAUGACAUGUCAGGCUCGCAGCUCCUACGUGGAGAGGGAGAUCCUCUGGGGUCACCGCUUCAUGCCGGUCCUCACGCUGGAAGAAGGCUUCUAUGAAGUUGACUACGACACUUUCCACAACACGGACGAAACGCCGACCCCGACCUGCAGCGCCAAAGAGCUGGCGGAGCUGAGCGAGAAGGGCGAGAUGCUGCAGCUCACCUCCAUCAAUAGCAAAGGCAACCAGACCACAGAGAGCGACCUGCAGGAAGGGUCAGAGGUCGAGAGCGCCCCGGCCAUCUCCAACGGGGACGUUAGUAAAAUAAAGAUGGACGCUUGUCCGUAAAUACGGGGGGGAAAUAAAUCUGUGGAAUUUUUUUCGCCAUCAACAGGCAGGACGAUCGUUUAUGAGAAUUUAGGAGCUAUGACGACCUGCUGCGCACGCCAAAUAAUACCGGGAGGCUGCACGUGUUCUGCGCGAAGCGGCCAUCUUGUUGGGCGGAACACUUAAGGGCUCUAGGAUCUGGUGACAUAUUAAGGAAUGAACCCCUCAAGCCCAGAUAUACAAUAGCUUAAGACAGUG